AAAAUAAAAGUGGGGACAAAAAAAAGACAGAGAAUAGAAGAUUAAAAAAAAAACAAGAAAAACAAAAAUCUAACCUUUAAAAAACCCAUCGUAACCCCACCCUAUUCCUAAUGAAAAAAAAAACAAUUCCCUAAUUCUUAAAACAAAACCACGUAAUACUACCCCAUCUACCCACUACUUUUCUAUCUAAACCUUAUGUUCUCUCUCGUUUUUGCUCUGCGUCAGAGAGCAAGCAAUUGAUUAUCUCCCACAAAUUCUUGUUCAUCUUUUGUUCUUUUUCACUACAAGUUCCACACCAAAUUUCCGAUUCCAAUAGACACCCAUGAAGGAAUAUUUUGGCAUCCAAGUGGAAGUGCUUUUGGGAUAAUUUUGAGGGUUAGGGUUUGUGCUCUAAGGAAGGAGAAGAGUAUCCACUCCUACAGAAUUGUUCUUCCUAUUUCAUUGAGAUCUGCCGGUUAGUGGUUCGUUUGGUUGUCGCGCCGUUGUAGAGAGCAAUCGUGUUGGUUCUUCGUAACUGCUUGCCAGGCUAAGGUGAUAGUCUGUGCGCCGGUCACGGCUUAGGAUUUUGGGUCGUGACAAAGUUGGUAUCAGAGCUUUGGUUGUAGGUCCUAUUAGCUGCAGACAUGAGGUUGUAAUGGAAUCUUGCUAGUAAAUUGUGAACCGCGGCACAACUUACUUCAAAGAUGCUAUUAACGCCUCAUGAGAGUCCUAAAGUUGUUUCCAAAGUGUGAUUUGAGUUUGUUCCUCAUUCACUGAGUUCUGAGUCAUGUGUUAUGUUUGAUGAAUAUUCUUUGUUCUGUUAGGAUGCCACCUAAAUUAGGAUUUCUAUUAUAAGACGAUUAGCUUGUUAGAACCCUCCGUAAGACAUUUGGGGUCAGUAGCGUUCGACAGUGUAGUGCAAGCCAAAGGCGAUAGACGUUGGUUGUUUGUUGACGUAGGAAAUGUUAAGGUGCUUAUAUCGAGACAAUGAAAUUUAUGAAUGAUAGAGCUUGCAAUUGGCUUGAAGGGAUUACAACAUGAUGUGAAUCUAUGUGUUGGAGUUGUUAUUGGGAGCGUCAACCAAGUGUUAGAAAAAGGGAGCAACAACAAGUGAGUGUCAUUGGAGAGGUUGAUGUCACAUUGAUUGUUCACGUUAAACUUAAUUAUCAUGCUUUUCUAGUACUAGUCAAGGGUGGAUCAUAGAGGUUUAUUGAUGCUUUUGAGAGUAUAUGGAGAGCACUUGGAUGCUCAUGCAUAAGGGUGGCAAAGUUAACGUCAUUCAGUUGGAGGAUUGUAACACAUGAUUGAUCUAAUGACUUUAUGGUAUGUGAGCGAUUGGAUCGGCUUUGAUAACGUGAAUAAAUUUUCCUAGAAACUCAUAAAUCGCUUUUUUUCUAAAUUGUUAGAGAUGACUUUGCAUAUAAGUUUGAGCUGCUGAAGAAAAUUGAUAAUAAUUUCUCAAGUACUCUCUAGAGUAAUUCUAGUAGAUAAUCUUAAAGCUUUAUGUAGAGUCAUAGACUAGAUUUAAAGGGCCCUUACGAUCCAUUUUUCCUCAAAUGCAUUUUUGCAUGAGAUCUACACCUUGUUUUGUUUGUCAAAAGAUCAUCAUGUAGCUUUCUUUGGAGAUAGUAGGGUGUGACAUUAGCGCAGUCAGACAAGUCAUAUUAUGGAGGAUUUUCUUGGGGUUGUGGUGCAACUUCCUCUAGUCGUGGAUAAGCGUUAGUAGAAGCGUCUUUAGCAUUUUCUUUGACUCCCUACAACACUUGUAGACAAGCUAUGAGUUCUUUUCGCCGAGGUCGUGCAGUAUCUAAAAAUAAUGAUAAAUGAAACAGUAGUCGAUGUUAACGACAUGUAAGGAGAGUUGAGCUCGAGUCUUUAUUUUGACCCAUCAAGAUGUUUAGGCAACCAAUGAAGUGGCAAUAAGUAUACUCCCUAUAUGAUAUUGAGAUGAUUAUGUUUUCCUUAGCGCUAAAGAUAUAUACUCUUUUAUCAUUGUUGUCAGCUUAGUGAAUUAUCUUCUUUCAUGAAUAAGAUGUUGGUCAUUGCUGAACCUCUUGGAGAGUAUUUGAUAGUUGAGUUUGUGAACCAUUAUUUUUAAGGUAUCCAUUGGAGAUCGAUUGAGAGUUGUUGAUAGUCGUUACAGCUUAAGACAUAAUUGAUUUUAAUGUGAUCUUUGGAUAUAGAUUGGAUAAUCUUUUGUCAAUGAUACUUUGGACUGUCAUAAAUAGGGUGGUGAGAUUUAAAGUACCGCGAGAGUUGUUUUUCUCAUUUCCGGGAGAGUGAAGUUGGACACCUCACAAUCCAGUUUCAGCAUUGAAAGUUAACAAGUUACUACGGAAGAGUUGUAGAUGACAAUUGAUCUUGGUAAGAGAUACUCAGUUAGCAAAAUUGAAACUAGAAGAGAUUUUUGUAGUGUGUAUUUUGCAGAAUGUAUUUCCUAGAGAAUUUUCUGGUGUACCUUCCAAUAAGGGGAUAGAGUUCUCCAUAUAGUUAGUUUCUAAACCAGAUUUAUUGUGAAGAAGAGAGUCAAGACUGUGUAGUUAUGUGUAGACUACAAGCUAAUGGAGAAUAUGAUGGUAUAAAAAAAAAGACUUAGUGAUCUAGGUACCAUAAAUGGAAUAUUAAGAAAGAGAGAAUUUUGAAGACCACUUACAAAACAUGUUAUGACUGUAAUGGGUUGUUAGUCAUGCAUUUAGACUUAGUGAUGUCAAUGCUGUUUUAAGAAUUCAAUGAACCGCAUCUUUAAGUCAUUCUUUUAGCACUUUGUGAUUGUGUUUAUUGGAGGUAUUCUCAUUCAUUCUGAGGAUAAAGAAGAACACUAUAAGCUUGCUAAUAGAAGAGUUAUGUUUGGGAUUGUCCAUCCCAAAGGACUGUCGACUUUUAUGCAGAUUCAUUUUAAUUUGGUUGGUGAUUGGGUUAAUGAUGAGAAACAUGAUCAAGGUCAAGAUUCAUAGGUGGUGAAGUUGGUAGAGGAUUUUUAAGGUAAAAAGGUUCCACGUUUUCCAGUAGACUCUGAUGAUAUUUAUGACUUUAAUGUCGGCUGUGUGUGCCUAAUACAAAUAGUUUGUGGAGGAAAAUAUUAGAGGAUGUUUAUCAUUAUUUUUAGAUCAUACAUCCAGGUUCUAAUAAAAUGCAUUAAGAUAUGAAGAAAUUUUAUUUAUGGGAAAGGAUGAAGGAGGACAAAAAAAAAUUUGUUUCUAAAGGUUUAGCAUGUCGACAGGUGACAGAUGAGCAUAAAAGCAAAUAAUGUUGCUUCAAUCCAUUAAGAUACCAUAGGGAAAGUGAGAAGGUGUAGUUAUGAACUUGGUGAGAGGUUUGCUUAGGAAAUUAAUACGUUAUGAUUUUGUAUCGGUAAUUAUGGAUCAAUUGACUGAGUAUGUACACUUUUGCCUAUAAAUAGUAGGGUUAAAUAUGUUUAUGGUCCCUGUGUAUUGAGGACAGUUUGAGUUUGGCCCCUAUUUUUUUCAAAGUAAAGCAACCAUCCCUCCGAUUACACUUUUCGUAACAAACCACCCUUAACUCCGCCAGUCCUUGCCAAAUGCCAUCACCUGAGGGGACGUGGCAUUGCCACGUAUUAAAUGAGGUUGACCUGGAAUUUUUUUUUUCAGUAAAAAUUAAAAAUGACGUUUUUUUUUUCUUCUUCUCAAUUACAAAAUUAACAUUUCCAAUCUAAACAACCCAACAUUAAAACCGAACAUUAUGUAAUUUGACCCACACUUAUCCAACAAUUCAAUUCCAACACUUAUUCAUUUCCAACACUUAUUCCAUUUCCAACACUUGAUCAUAAACAUUAUCUUCAUCUUCCAACACUUGACCAGAAACAUUACCCAGCCAUUUGCUUCGAACAAAUCGAACAACUUGCGUGAAGAACAAAGGGAAAGAACAAAUCGCGUGAACGAACGUGACAAGAAGGAAGAAGACUUCAACCGAGCGAAAGAAUCGCAAGGUUAGUAUGAUUUUUUGCGUUUUAGCAGUUCGGGUUUAGGGUUUUCUGGGUACAAUAGACUUAGGGUUCCUGGGUUUGCUGGGUUUAGGUGCAUAAUCGUGUUACGGUUUAAGAGUUUAAGCGUUCCAUUUUGUUGAACGGGAAUGGGGUUUUGAUUUAGGGUUUCUAUUUUCCCUUGUUGAAAUGAUUCGUUGUUUCUUUUGUAGGAUGUCUUUCACGGUUCUGAUUCACCACAUGGGGGCUUUUCGUUUUGAGCCACAUGUGCAUUAUGCAGGAGACCUUGUUGAGGUUCAUGCAUGCCAUGGAAAUGACAUAGAUAUGUGGUCCUAUUUUGAAUGUCGCACUCUUGUGAAGUCCCUUGGGUACACUGCAAACUUCAAGAUAUGGUGGAGAACAAAUGAGGAUGCUGCUGAAAACCUGUAUAGGGAGUUGCUUACGGAUGAUGAUGCUAUGGUACUUGCUUCAUAUGCUAUUCAUAACAAGUGUGAAGUAAGUCUAUUUGUGGAGCAUAUUGUAGAAGUGGUUGAUCCAAUUGAAAUGCUGCCUGAUGUUGAGGACCAUAUUGUUGAGGAGCCAUUUCAUGAGAACCCUAUUGCUGAGGAGCCAAUUGCUGAGGAGCCAAUUGCUGAGGAGCCAAUUGCUGAGGAGCCUAUUGCUGAGGAGCCAAUUGCUGAGGAGCCAAUUGCUGAGGAGCCUAUUGUUGAGGAGCCUAAUCCUACUGGAAAAAGAAAAAGAAAGAGCUCACCUACAAAGAAGUCACCUAGAAAGAAAUUUCCUAGAAAGAAGACCCCUUCUGCAUCCAAGGCUGUUGGUGCUUCUGCACCUCCAGAGGCAGCAGCUGUGACACCAAGUGUGAAGAACCCUCAUUUUAAGCCCCCUACCAAGAAGUCAGCUCAAAGGAGGUCUGCAAGGAUGAGGGCAGUUGUGCAUCAAACCAAAAAUAAUAAAGGCAAGGCGAUAGUAGUUGAGUUGUCUAGUGAUGAAGAUGGUGUGGUUGAGGAUACUCAUGCAACUGAGGUUCCUGAAGAUGUUGAACUUGAUGAGGUUGUUAGCAUCCCUGGUAAUCAUGGUGAUCAUGAUGAUUCAGACACUGACAAUUCUGUUGCUGGCAUUCAGUUAAAUGAUAGUGAGGAGGAGAGGAAUGCUGAAGGUGAUGGGUUUGAGAAUGGUCUCAAAAUUCGAGGACGAAUUUUCUUUAAGGGGGGAAGAUUGAAAUGAUCCGUUUUAAAAUAAAAGUGGGGACAAAAAAAAAAGACAGAGAAUAGAAGAUUAAAAAAAAAACAAGAAAAACAAAAAUCUAACCUUUAAAAAACCCACCGUAACCCCACCCUAUUCCUAAUGAAAAAAAAAACAAUUCCCUAAUUCUUAAAACAAAACCACGUAAUACUACCCCAUCUACCCACUACUUUUCUAUCUAAACCUUAUGUUCUCUCUCGUUUUUGCUCUGCGUCAGAGAGCAAGCAAUUGAUUAUCUCCCACAAAUUCUUGUUCAUCUUUUGUUCUUUUUCACUACAAGUUCCACACCAAAUUUCCGAUUCCAAUAGACACCCAUGAAGGAAUAUUUUGGCAUCCAAGUGGAAGUGCUUUUGGGAUAAUUUUGAGGGUUAGGGUUUGUGCUCUAAGGAAGGAGAAGAGUAUCCACUCCUACAGAAUUGUUCUUCCUAUUUCAUUGAGAUCUGCCGGUUAGUGGUUCGUUUGGUUGUCGCGCCGUUGUAGAGAGCAAUCGUGUUGGUUCUUCGUAACUAUUUUCAGGCAACUGAGUAGUAGAUUGUUGUCAGGUUCAGAUCAUUCUGCCCAUUUCGUUUAUAGGCCUCAUUUGGCAGGUGGUCAUAUUGGUAUCUUUGUUGGUCUUUGUUAUUCUGCAGCUAUAGGGGAGUCUUGGGGGAUAUAGUUGUUAUUUAUUUUUAAAUUUAAGAAAUUGCACUUUAGUGCUGAAUUUGGAAUUUAUGUAUUCUUGGAAUUCUAGUUAUGAUAAAUAUCAAUUGAUAGGUUUUAUUAUUUUGGAGAUAUUGAUAUUACAGGAAAUAUUAUUUUGUAUUUUUUUUUUACAAAUUCUGGUAAACAUGUAUAACUUUUUGGAAAGUGGGUUUU